UGUAGUAUACUCCUAUAAUUUCAAUGAAUUUUUGUGAAUUUAAUGUCAUAUAUUUAACUAAAUUAAUGUUGUAGUAUAAUCUCACUCAAGUAGUAGCCACUAGCCAGCUGUUAAUCAAAGGUUGGUUCUUUCAAUUUACACUUGAAUUAACAGCCUCAGUAAAAUAAACAUUCUCCAUUUCUUUUCCCAAUUAAUUGCUCUUUGUUCUUCACCACUUCAAAGUGCUGACUUUUUUGGGUAUCAAAUUUUCAGUAGCAUUUCAAGAACAGGUAAAAGAAACAUGGGAUCGUCGAAGCUUUUAUGCGUUAUUGGAGUGGCAAUCAUCUUUCUUCAGCUUAUUUCUGGGACUUCUGGUUGGGGACAACAUGGGCACUAUGCUAUUUGUAAAAUAGCUGAGGGAUAUCUGUCUAAAGAUGCAUUGGAUGUUGUGAAAAAACUGCUUUCAGAAUCCGCUCAGGGGGAACUAGCUGCUGUCUGCUCUUGGGCUGAUCUGUUUGCAGUUCGUUCCCAUUACUACUGGAGCCGUGCACUUCAUUUUGUUGAUACUCCUGAUUUUAGGUGUAAUUAUGACUACACUAGAGAUUGCCAUGAUUCUUCUGGACGCAAGAAUAGAUGUGUGACUGGAGCAAUCUACAAUUACACGCUACAGUUAACGUCAGCUUGCCACAACUCUGUUUCUGAAUCUAGAUAUAACUUAACGGAGGCUCUCAUGUUUCUGUCGCAUUUUGUUGGUGAUGUUCACCAGGGCUUCUCCUGCAUGCAGCCUCUACAUUGUGGGUUCUUAGGCGAUCUAGGAGGGAACAGAAUUCAACUUCAUUGGUACCGCAGGAAGGCUAAUUUGCACCAUGUGUGGGAUACGGAAAUCAUUGAUACUGCCUUGAAGAAUUUCUAUGGUUCAGAUUUGAGCAUCAUGAUAGAAGCCCUUCGCAAAAAUAUUACGGAAAACUGGUCCAAUGAUGUUGAAUCGUGGGAAGAAUGUGAAGGAAACCGCACAGUUUGUCCAAAUCCGUAUGCAUCCGAGAGUGUUAGCCUGGCUUGCAAAUACGCAUACAAAAAUGCGACACCAGGAAGUGUAUUGGGAGAUGACUACUUCCUCUCUCGGCUACCCAUAGUGCAAAGGAGGCUGGCUCAAGGUGGGCUCCGCUUGGCAGCUACUCUGAACCGCAUUUUUGAUUCGUGCGGACUGAUCUCUAAUAUGGGAAGAGGAGUGCAUGGAGCUUAUUAUGCAUGAGACUUCAUCUUCUUAAUUUAUACUUUGAAGAAUCAUAUGCUGUUGAUCUGAAAUUGAAAAAUGGUACCAUCACUCUUCAUAUUCAUUUAUAUAUCUUUAGGUGGAUCUAAUAAAAAGAAGAGGGGUGAAAGGAAAAGGAAAUGAUUCUAUCAUGUAUUAUUGUAAAUAGAAACAUCAAACACUUGCAAAAUGUUGUUCUUCAUUUAGAUAAAUUCAGUGAGAGUAUCGCUUAUUGUAACAUAGAAGUACUAUCUAAUUGUAUCUGUACAGAUAUCAUCAGGCGUUAUUUCGAGCACUUGUUGUUUACAAUCAAAUUACCUUAAUAUUGAAAAAAACAAUCCUUGCUUGUUAA